AGUGCCUUGACGAAACGAUAGUUUGGACCAAGUGAAUGUCGCGCUGUGUGUGGACACAUUCUUUUUUAUUUUUUUUUAUAGACGAUUAUCAUUUGGUGGCUGUAAUAAAAAAUGUGCUCGUAACAAAUCUCUCGAAGGGACUCAAAAAUAUAACUUUUCCAAUACUAUAAUACGCAGUUAAUAGUGCAGUGAAAGUGCAGUUAUUUAAAUACAAUGUUAGGAAGAAAGAAACACCACCAUCCUGGCCAUACUAAACCAAAGAAGAAGAAUUACAUUCCAUUCAGCAGGAACAGAAGGGGCUCUGCUGAUUCUAACUAUUCUCAACCAUCAUCAGAUCUCUCGCUUGACGAAGAAAAGGAGACGUUACGCCGUGAAAAGGAACGACAAGCCCUUAGUCAACUCGAAAAAGCAAGGACGAAACCGGUAGCGUUUGCCGUCAGGACCAACGUUGCUUACGACGGCUCCGUUGAUGAUGAUUCUCCGGUACACGGCUAUGCCAUUUCCUUCGAAGUUAGAGAUUUUUUACAUAUUAAGGAGAAGUACGACAACAACUGGUGGAUCGGCCGCUUGGUCAAAGAAGGCUGCGACAUCGGUUUCAUUCCCUCUCCCGUCAAAUUGGAGAACCUGCGGCUGCAGCAGGUGCAAACGCGGACGACGAAACUCUACUCGAGCAAGACCAGCUCGAGCUCGAACAUCGGCGCCUCCGCCGGUAACGAUGUUUCCAGAGGUAGCACUCCUCCCACACCCGGAGAUGAAUCCGAUUCGAUGGGUAACGCCAGAACGGGCAAGUCGCUUACUACACCCCCGGCGAAAGAGAAGAAGAAACCGUUCUUCAAGAAACAAGAAGCGACUGCUCCCUAUGACGUUGUUCCUUCCAUGCGACCCGUAGUUUUAGUCGGUCCUUCUUUGAAAGGAUACGAAGUUACUGAUAUGAUGCAAAAAGCCUUAUUUGAUUUUUUAAAGCAUAGAUUUGAAGGAAGAAUAAUAAUAACUAGGGUAAUGGCCGACAUUUCUUUGGCGAAACGGUCUUUGUUGAACAACCCUUCGAAGCGCGCGAUCAUGGAACGUUCCACGACGAGAUCGACGUGUUUGUCGGAGGUUCAAGCGGAAAUCGAACGCAUCUUCGAGCUCGCGACUACCUUGCAACUUGUGGUGCUGGAUUGUGAUACUAUAAACCAUCCUUCGCAACUUGCCAAAACUUCUUUAGCUCCAUGUAUUGUCUAUCUUAAAAUUAGUAGUCCUAAGGUUUUGCAAAGGCUUAUCAAAUCAAGAGGGAAGAGUCAAGCUAGGCAUUUAAAUGUUCAAAUGGUCGCUUCAGAAAAGUUAGCUCAAUGUCCGCCUGAAAUGUUUGACGUCAUUUUAGACGAGAACCAAUUGGAAGACGCUUGCGAACACAUAGCAGAAUAUUUAGAGGCUUAUUGGAGAGCAACGCAUCCAGAAAUAAGCGUGCCGAACGUCUCUCGGCCGAUGGGAAGUUCUCCGCAAGCUUCGCCCAGUGGAGACCAAGGACGACCCACUUUGCCAGCGCACCACGAUGUAUACGGAUACGGUCAUCAUGAGUCACGAGUUCCAACUUUCCACACCGGCCACCAAAGAAGCGUCAGAGGCAGAUUAGAACGAGACCGCGAGUACGAGGAGUACUCGGACCGAGAACUCAAUACUCACGGAGUACCCUCGCACGAAGACUACAGAGAACGAAUCCCCACCUCGAGGUCCCGAGAAGAGGAUUCGUUCUCCAGCCAUCGAGGAGCCUCGAGAAGAGCCUUGAACGCCAUCUAGUGGAGGCUAACAACGGAGCAACCCAUUGAAGAGGAGUUUCAAGACGAGCUAUCGCCGAAAGCCGAAGCCUACUACAAACCUCAGAUCCCCAGGGAGUACGCACCAGACAGCAGAACCCCGAGGGAGCGAAGAUACGAAGAUGUUCUCCUGGAACGACGGCCCGAAGAGCGCGAACGGUACCCUGAACGGUUCAGGUACUCGGAGGGACCCAGUAGGAGGUACCCUGAAGAGAGGAGACCCGUCGUAGAUAGAAGCAAGAUGGAGGGGAGGAAUUACAGGAAGGAGCUGAUGGAGAGGUUUUCGGAAAUGGAGAUAGACGAUCGUCAAGAAUAUCCUAGUCGUCAUAGAUACUACGAAUGAGAAAAGUGAUUAAUAAGGUAUCGCUUUUUGGCCUAACUACUUUUUAAAUGUUCAGAAAUUUAUUUUCUGAUAUUGCAUCUCAAGCAAAAAUUAUACUUUUAUAAUAUUCUGUUGACAUCACCUCAAAAAAUGAAAGAUAGUGUGUAUUUCACUCCAGUUCAGAGGCGACCAUCAUUCCCUUGAGUACAUUCGCCCUCCCAGGGAUCUUCAGAGAGGUUAUAUGGUCUAUUCUGAAUCGAAAAGAAAACAUAACUGUUCAUUUAAGCAGAAUUGUAAAAAUAAUUCGUUUUUUGGACGCUGUAGCGGGUUUACUGUAAAGAGACCGAAAUCAUUAGACCGAAAGCAGUAGACCGAACUCAUUAGACCGAAAAGCACUUUACCGAAACUUCACUAGACCGAACAGUAGGAGACCGAAAAGCAUUAGGUACAUAAUACAGGGUGCUCAAAUAGGAGUCUAAUCUGAGCAAGGGUAACAUCACCCUCCAUUCACCCUUUAUCCAGACUUAGGACUGGCAGCAUAAAGUACUGGCGAGUUUAGAGGUUGUUUUUUUGCUUUUUUUUUCCUUCACUAAUUUGUUUAACGGAUCAAAAUUAUUUCAUAUCAGACUGUACAGAGUAACAAUUUACACAGUCUAUAUAUAAAAUAAUACAAAAAAAAUUCAAUAAACAAAAAGAGAAGUAUACAAAAUCCUAGCAUAAUUUACUACAAUCUUUUUUAAUUUAUGUACCAUUUCUGUCUAAUGCUGUUCGCCCUUGUGAGGUUUCGGUAAAGCGCUUUUCGGUCCAAUGAGUUCAGUCUACUGCUUUCGGUAUAAUGAUUUCGGUCUAAUUGUCGUGUACCGCUGUAGCGACAUCUAAUAACACAAUGAGAAGUCACAGAUCCAAAAAUCUAAAGAAUUUUACCGUGAAAGCCACCUCUGGUUACAUUUAUUUUGACCGCAAAAGUUGGUAAAAACAUUCAUUCUAAGCAAGAAAGUUCUAUACAUUUUUUUGAUAACAUUAAUAGUUUUCGAUUUAUUCGCUAUCGAAAGUGUGAGUUUUAUAUCGAAAAAAUCAAUGUUUUUAAUCAGUUUUCUGCUAAUAACUCAAAAAGCGGUGAGCGGCCGUGGAGUAACGGCAAUACCGCUGGCCUCAUAGCCAGUGCACGUGGGUUCGAGCCCUGCCAAAGACAAACCAUUUUCAUUUCUUAUAAUGACACUAGUCGUCUCACCGUGCCUCGGAGAGCACGUUAUGCCGUCGGGCUAGUGUACAUCGGCACUAGUUACUUAAAACAGGGUUAAAGAUGUAAAUGGCGCCGGAACUGUCCGAAAGGAUCUCCCUGGCAAAAAUGCCAUACGAUAUUAUUAUUAUGAACUAUUUUAAAUGGGAAAUAAGCCACAAUUAUAUAGGGUGUCCCAAAAGUAGGGGAAUGGUCGAAUAUUUCGCGAACUAAACAUCGGAUCGAAAAACUGAAAAAUGCGUGUUCAAUCAUUUUCAAAAAUCUAUCCAAUGACACCAAACACCAAUCCCAACUACACCCCCUCGAGGUGGGGUGGAAGGUAACUUUAAAAUCUUAAAUGGAAACCCCCAGUUUUUCUUGCAAAUUUGGAUUCGUUACAUAAAAGUAGGCAACUUUUAUUCAAGACAUUUUUUCGAACUGUGGAUAGAUGGCGCUAUAAUUGGGAAAAACGAUUUAUUCAGAUACCAUAGGUAAAUUAUAGAAACGGUCUAAUAUCUCACGAAAUACACUUACAAAUGAGAAACCAAAAAACAGAUUUUUAAUCUUUUUCGAAAACCUAUCGAAUAACACCAAAUAUGACCCUCUAACCCACCCCCUGGUAAAAAAAUUUUAUCCUGGUAAAAGGUAUAUUAGUUUAAAAAGCCCCUAUAGGGCUACAAACAUAGAAACAAAACGUUUUCGCUCUGUAACAAGAGCACCAUCAGUGUUACAAGAACAUGGUGAGCCGCCCAAAAAUACAAAGGUUAAAA